GCAUGGAAUUCAACCUGUGAGAACUGGAUGGCUGCAGAGGUGGCCUUGGAAAAAUAUUAUCUUUCCAUUUUUUAUGGGUUCGAGUUCGUUCUGGGAGUGCUGGGGAAUGUCACUGUAGUGUUCGGCUACCUCUUCUGCCUGAGGAAGUGGAACAGCAGCAACAUCUAUCUCUUUAACCUCUCCAUCUCUGACUUAGCUUUCCUGUGCACCCUUCCCAUGCUGAUAAGAAGCUAUGCCAAUGGAUACUGGAUGUAUGGACAUGUGCUCUGCAUAAGCAACCGAUUUGUGCUCCACGCCAACCUGUACACCAGCAUCCUCUUCCUCACUUUCAUCAGCAUCGAUCGCUACCUGCUCAUGAAGUACCCCUUUCGGGAACACAUUCUGCAAAAGAAAGAAUUCGCUGUUUUAAUCUCUGUGGGUAUCUGGGUCUUAGUAACCUUAGAGCUGCUACCCAUCCUCCCUUUCAUAAAUCCUGUCAUAACAGACGAGGGCACCAGCUGCACUGACUAUGCAAGUUCCGGAGACCCGAGAUACAACCUGGUUUACAGCCUGUGCCUGACCUUGCUGGGCUUCCUCAUUCCCUUGUCUGUGAUGUGCUUCUUCUACUACAAAAUUGCCGUCUUCUUGAAGAGGAGGAACAGGCUGCCGGUCAGCGCUGUGCCACUGGACAAGCCCCUGCGUCUGGUCGUCCUGGCAGUGGCUGUCUUCUCCACGCUCUUCACGCCCUACCAUGUCAUGCGCAACGUGAGGAUAGCAUCACGUCUGGGCCACUGGCCGCAGGGAUGCACCCAAGUGACCAUCAAUACCCUGUACAUCAUGACUCGGCCUUUGGCCUUCCUGAACAGUGCCAUCAAUCCUGUCUUCUACUUUCUCGUAGGAGAUCACUUCAGGGAGAUGCUGAUGAGUAAGUUGAGGCAACUCUUCAAGUCCCUUACAACCUUCAGGGUGUGAGCUUGUGGACGCUGGUGUUCAUUCGGCCAAGGCAUUUGACAAAUUGCACAUGCAUCUGAGCGUAACCAGAAGGAGACUGCCUUAACCCAGAGACGUGAAUCAGAGCAGGGCCCAAUCUUACUAGCCACCUUCUGGCUUCGGCCUGGCUGAGGACUGGAGUGCUACGUGGGCUACGGGUCCGGGCUACAGUCUGUUUUAAUUGGUAGACGUGAAUCAGAGAUGCACCUUUCUGCCUGAUUUUUAAGUAGUUCCCAGACUGUGGGGGGAAAGGUCCCGAAAGGUGUAGUUAUCUCCACCUAAGAACCGAGCAGAAGCAAAUUAAUGCUAUCCGUUUCAGUGCUUAAAAUCCCAAACCCUCACAGUUGGAAGACCUUUCUGUGAAAAAAGAAUGAGACAGGCAUAUCAGCAUGUUGCACGUAGUCUGUCAUUGGCCAGGCUGUAAAAUGUAUGUUGACCAUGUUCUCUGUUGUUCUUACAAUAUUAAAACUUUAUGUGAAAAACAAAUGGCUAAAUGUAUAGUAUACACCCUAAACUAUUAUUUUUACAAAAUACAUUCUUGAGAAAAUUUAAAUAACAGCAAUCAUUAAGAAUGCAUUACAAUGAGUUUUUCUGGAUUUAUCAUGAAUUGAGGUUUACGUGUACCUUACAAGUCCUUCUCUAUUGCAUACGUUACAGCAGAAAGAAUAUUAGUUUUGGUUGAAUAGGACCUAGAGUCAAACAGAAUCAGCAUUUGAGGCUGAUGAUCAGGAAAUUUAGAACUAAGAAAAUUUAAACAUCAUAAAAUUCUGUAGUAAUUUUAUUCAAAUACUGGAGAGACAUGUCAAGGACAGUUACAGAAAAUUCAUAUUUCCAGAACUCAAAAUACUUGUCAGCAAGUCAGAGCAAAAUAAAACACAGAAAAGUGAAUCUGUUGUUUUGAUGGCAGUUGUGCUGUCUGAAAUUUCAACAUCACAAUCUGGUUCCCAGUUCAUGGAAAUACACCUACUAAAGUUCAUCAUCCUUUUUGCUCUGGAUUAAACAGUGAACUUGGAAACAUUAUCAGCAAACUAGGAAAUAAGAAGGAAGGGCGUUACUAACACCAUAUUCAUUGGGUUAU